UAUAUCAGUUAUUGGUUCAUUUACUCAUUCAAGAUUCAACAGCACUUCUAAUUAGUUUCUGGAAAUAUUGUAUUUAUAAAAUGAUUUGGAUAAUAUUUGUUUUUCUUUUAACAUUGCAAUUUAAAGAAAGUUCAACUCAGGAGUACACCGAAGUGUUAUCUAUGAAAAAUUUCGAGGUAAAAGAAGGUAAAAAAGUUGCUACAUUGAUGUUUUUAUCUAAAAGUUUUAGUAUUGAUUUUGAAUUUUGCUUUACAACUGUUGGUUUGAGCAACAAACUUAAUGAGCGCGUGACUAACUUGUUUCGUUUUGGACAAGCAUAUCCUAAGAUUUGUGAUCUUGAAUGUGAACUUAGGUGUGAAUCAAGAUUUUUAAACGCAUAUAUUGGACCAGAGACAAGAAAUCAAAUUUCAUUAUCGUUCGGAAAUUGCCUGGCUGGGGAGUUCAGCCAAACCGAUUUUCUUAUUAAUCCAGGGUGUGUUCGGUUUCAAAUAACACAGCUUCCUGUUGAUGGGACUUAUUGGUAUACUAUUAAAGUUAAUAGAACAGAGGUUAAAUAUAAAAACAUGAAUCCAAAAGAAUUAGAGUCUGUUGAUAUAUUUUUUUCUGACUUUCCUCGACCUACAAUUCCUUCAAUACUUGGAGUAGUCAAAUAUCUUAGAGUAGCUAAUGCAGACUGUUGUACUUUAAGUGCAUGGACAGCAUGGGAAAAAUGUUCUUCUACUUGUAAUAUGGUUUUCUUUGUACCACGUCAAAAACGGACUCGCACAUGUUUAGAAAAUGGUAGUAAUUGUAAAGGAGAAUCGUUAGAACAACUUCAAAGUUGUAAUGAAUUGGUUUUUUGUACAGACUACAACGAAGUGAUUAAAAAGGAAAAUUUCGAAGUAAAAGAAGGUUUGAAUAUCGCUACAUUAUUUUUAUCAAAAGCUUUUAAAAUUGAUUUUGAAUUUUGCUUUACAACUAUUGGCGAGAGCAACAACCUUGAUAAGCGUAUGACCAACUUGUUUCGCUUCAAACAAGCCCGUCCUAAGCUUUGUGAUUUUGAUUGUGAAAUUUGGAAAAGAUGUGAAUCAAGAUAUUUAACUGCAUAUUUUGGACCCACGGUAGCAAAUGGAAUAAAUAUAAAGUUUGGUCAAUGCCUGGAUGGGACAUACAGCGAAAAAGAUUUAUCUAUUAAUCCAGGAUGUAAACGGUUUCAAAUAGUACAGGUCUUUAUUUACGGGUAUUAUUGGUUCAUAGUUAAAGUUGAUAAUGUAGAGUUGUUUAAUUUUCCAAACUUGAACCCAAAAGAUUUACAGUAUGUUGAUAUAUUAUUUUCUGAUGUUGAAUAUGCUUCACAACCUGGAGUAGUCACAUAUCUUAAUGUGGCUAAUGCAGACUGUUGUGCUUUAAGUGAAUGGGCAGAAUGGUCACAAUGCACCGUCACCUGUAGAGAACGUGGUAUUACAGCUAAUCAACAUAGAAGUCGCAAUUGUUUAAACGUUACUUUAAAUAAACAAUGUUAUAGAGAUUCGUUAUUGCACGAAAAUCGAAACUGUAUGGAAAUUAUUUCUUGUUCAGGCAAUGAGGAAUCAAUUUUAUAGAGGAAAUUUUAAAAUGAGGAACAAUUUCAAAGUGUGAUUAAGAAUAAGAUAAAUGAAAAUGUGAAAAAGCAGCAAAAAUUUUUUUUAAUUUUUAAAAUUUUAUAUGGUAAUUUUUUUUUUUUAAUUCAAAACGUUUUCUGGUAAUUUUUUGAGUAUCAGGAGAAAUUGUUUUGAAGUGUGUUUUACAAGUACUCUAUGGAUUUAUUAGAAAAGAUAAUGAUUGUAUUAGUAAUAAUGAUUUUUCAUAUUAUGUCAUCAAAUUGAAAAUGAAAGAUUAUUUAACGUUUAA